UUGUGCUGCCACGUUGCUGAAUGAGCAGGAUUGGAGUUUGAAGAAGGAAGACGUUGGCGAUACUACAUAGCGCCGCUUAGUACUGCUAGGACGAAAACUUUCAGGACGUUCUUCCUGGAAAGUAGAGGAGCCGAUCAACUCUUGAAAGUUGCCUGAAUCCUUUGAUUGACGAUAGCGGCUCACUUUCGCAGCACAACAGCGUGUCUUAGAAUCAACCGCAAGCGGUUGCAUGAUGGCGGGGUCUGGGUCAUCGUUUGGGUAUUUUCUGACAUGGUCGCGAUACAUGGCUGCCAAAGUGAAGGAGGUGGUCGCCUUGCAUGGGAAGAGCUACGUUGACGGCAAGAUGGACCAGAGGGAGAUGUACAAGACCAUACGGAGUCACCUGUUGCGACGGGCAACGUUUAUGACGGGAGUCAAAGGGGAAGCCAUGGCACCGACGUUCAAUACGGGGAUGGACGGAAAGGUUGGGGAGACGCUGCUCAUCCGGUCACUGUACGAACCAAGCAUCAGGUCGGUAUGGGUCGACGACGUCGUAUUACUCCGGCACCCAAACGACAGCAAGCAGUCGCUCGUGCGCAGAGUUGCGGCGCUCGAAGGAGACGAGAUGCUUUCAAACGAUCCUGAAGACAAACCGUUCCGGAUAGAGCCCAACAGCUGCUGGGUGUUAGCGGACAACCAGGAGACGAAACCCCCGGAAGUGGAAGACAGCCGGACGUUCGGCCCGCUCGCGCUUCGGAACAUCGUGGGGAGGGCCAUCUACUCGAUGACGUCACCAUCUGACCACGGGGUUGUCAGGAACAGCGACCAAGCAAUGGCGGCAGACGCUCCGGUCCUGGCGUUUGAGUUGGACCUAGAAGAGAUGGGCGAUCGAGCGGGGAAGAACGGAUAGAUCCAUAGGGUUUCUCUUCGAGGUAUGGCGAAGGCAAGUCACAGGUGACAGUUGUAGAUACGUAGGAAAGGUGUCGGAAGGAGGAGGUGGGUAUUUUUAGCUUCGGGUUAGUCGCGUCAUUUUACCGGGCUUGGAGCUCCUGAGCUUGGAUCCGAGGUAUGUUACCGUACUGCUUUGCAGUCAGCCCAUAGAAUGAGGUGCGUGCAGCUUGAUAAUGAAUAACCCAGGACACGUGUGUUCAAGGAUCGAACCGUAUUUGCAGCAAUCGCUUGGCCGGCUUACUUGGUACUUUAACGUGGCUGUUGCACGUCCACAAGCAGAUCUUGAGGUCGAACUUUUACAUGCCGUUCUUACUUCCUCCCUUUGUUCGAUCAGGACACAAGUUAGGUUU